UAUCUUCACGAGGGCAUCCUGCCUAUACCAGGUUAAUAUUUACUGAUGUGCUAAUGUAAUAAUGACCUACCUGCCUCUGCUCCUCUCUGGGGUACUUUCUAUCUAUAGGGAUGGGAAUUAAUGACAGUCUCUCUGUGCUGCCUGAUGUCAGAGCUGAGAAAGGUGUGAAGGGUAUAAGAGCCGUAUUACUUGUCAGCCAGGAAGGGGGAAAAGGAUUACUCCAGAGCUCUAUGGAACCGUGGAAUUGUUGCAUGCACUCUUCUUGCUAACACAGGCGUGCUUCUUCAGGUAGCUCCCUGACCACGAAAAGAAAGUUUGGAAGCAAAGAUGUGCAACCUAAAGCUGUCAGUUUUCUUCAUCGCACUUUCUGUCACUCUGAGCUGCUUGGAAGCUGCACCUAUCGAGAAAUUACUAUCUGUGGCUGAUGAUCUAUCUGAGGGUACUUCCAAAAGAUGGAUAUUGCCAGCAGUGUCAAGAAAUACACUCUCAGGACUUAGUGAAGAUAUGCCAGAAAAACCAGCAGUGAAGACAAAAAGUAGUCACCACCUAGAGAAACGGAAAUGCAACACCGCUACUUGUGUGACACAACGCUUGGCUGACUUUUUAGUUCGUUCCAGCAACAACAUCGGAGCAAUUUAUUCACCUACAAAUGUGGGGUCCAAUACAUAUGGAAAGAGGGACACAGUCGGGCUUUUAAGCAGAGAACCCCAAAACAAUGCGCAGCUUUAG